CCGAAUCCUUUGCAGCGCUGUACGCGUGGAUUGUGAAUACUAGCCUCAAAAAGUGACAGUUUUAAACUGUAAAUUGAUACUAGAAUUUUAAAAUAAUAAUAUAUUUUUAAAAAAUAUUAAAUUUAAUGUUUUUGUGAGUGAUUUUUUCUUUUUAAUUUUUUUAGCAAGGAAUAUUAAAUGAAUAAGCUUCACAAUUUUCCAUGCAUUUGACGAAGAGAAAGCAUUGUUUUGAUGUUACUAGGAGAAAGUGAAUUGACGAGGGCCACAGAACAGACAGUAUAGUGACUAUCGAGAUUGAGAAAGGUUGAAUGCCUAGUAAGGCAGGUUGUGUUUGUGGCUUUGGUGGCGUGUGUUGAUCUGUGUGGUAGUAUAGCAUCUUGAAAGGGGCCAAAAUACGCAGGCGAUAGGCCUGGGUGUGUUUCUGACCUGGCGAGAGAGAGACAGAGAGAGUGAUCGAGCUACGGGGUGAUGAAAAAAUUGCGUGCUAAUGCCGUGACGAGGAGACGUUCAUGAGUUUUAUUUUGUGGUUACAUCGCCUUGAGUUAUCAAGAUUCAAAAAGUGUGAAAUAUGGCGGAUCAUUUAAGGUUGACUUCUGAACAAACGGAAAAAAUACUCCAGUUUCAGGAUUUAACUGGCAUUGAAGAUAUGUCAAUAUGCCGGGACGUAUUGCAGCGGCAUUCUUGGGACUUGGAAGUGUCAGUGCAAGAACAAUUAAAUAUGCGGGAGGGUAGACCAUCUGUGUUUAAUGCAGAGAUGCGAGCCCCAGCAGUUGUGAGCAGUACUUCAACACAGAGAGUGUUCUUUUCCCCUCCGAGUAAUAAUGAUGGAACAGGAGUUCGUGGACUCUUUAAAUAUGUAUUUUCAUUAUUAAUCCAGUUAUGCUACAACACACUGGCUAACUUUUUUCAGUUUGCAUUCAGACUUGUGCGACCAGAUCCUAGAAGAUAUGUCACUGAUCCUGUAGCAGAUGUUUUAAGUUUUAUUCAUUCCUAUGAACAAAAAUAUGGUAACCUACAUCCUGUUUUUUAUCAAGGGACUUAUAGUCAAGCUUUGAAUGAUGCAAAACAGGAACUAAGAUUUCUGCUUGUUUAUUUGCAUUGUGAAGACCAUCAAGAUACACACAACUUUUGUAGGUAUACCCUACCAUGUGCAGAUGUUAUUGAUUAUAUAAAUUCCAACAUGCUGUUUUGGGCAUGUUCUGUGACUACAUCAGAAGGCUAUCGUGUAUCUCAAGCAUUACGUGAAAAUGGAUAUCCUUUUCUUGCAAUCAUUGUAUUACAUGACAAUAGAAUGACUGUGGUUGGAAGACUUGAAGGUCCUGUUGAAGCGAUUGAGCUAAUACAACGUCUUCAAACAAUUGUACGGGAUAAUGAAGCAGCACUUGUUGCAGCUCGUGCAGAAAGGGUUGAAAGGAAUUUUAAUCAGACACUUAGGCAACAACAAGAUCAGGCUUACAUGGAGUCAUUGCUGGCUGAUCAAGAGAAGGAGCGCCGGAGGUGCGAGGAGCGUGAACGUCUGGAGGGGGAGGCUCGACAGCAACGAGAACGGGAGCACCAGGAGCAGCAGCGUCGAGAGGAAAUACAACGCCAGAAGAUUGAGUUCCUGACGCAUGUGCCUGAUGAGCCACCUACAGAUUGUCCAGAAGCAGUUCAUAUGGUGAUCAAAUUGCCAGAUGGAACACGACUUGAGCGAAGAUUUUUACGAACGGAUACCCUGCAGGCCAUCUUUUAUUAUGUAUUUUGUCAUCCACUUUCUCCUGACAACUUUGAAAUUGCUACAAACUUUCCCAAGAAAGUCUUGCAGUGUUCUCCCCAAAGUGAAGGACGUUUACUAACACUUAAAGAAGCUGGUCUACAGAAUCGAGAAGUGCUUUUUGUGUAUGAUCUGGAAGCGUGAUUGUUUGAAUAACUUUGUUGACUGUGUUCUGCAUAAUACAUUUAGAAGUAGAGUACUUGUAACCAUUUCUAUGUAUUGUAUGAAUAAAAUUAUUUGGAAGUGUUACCAUCAGUGUCUUUCUUAUAUUGUCUACUUUGCAUUGUACUGUGUGAGAAUCUAUUUAAAAAAAUAUUGUCUGUUAUCUGCUGUAAUAAGCAUCUUUAAAAAUGAAUCGAUUAGAAUAAAUUGUUGCAAUGAAUUUUAUGAUGAAAAGUAAUUUGUUUGUUGUAUUUUCUUUGUUGUUCCAGUUUUUAUCUUAUUCCCAACCUGGGGCAUAUUAACAUUUCUUAAAUUAUAAAUAGAAUUGAAUGGGAAUUGUAAAUCAUAAAUAACACUGACAAAAAUAAACAUGAACUCUUUUGCUCUUAUACUCUCAUAAGCUUUUAUGUGUACUUUCCUCUAUUCAAGCAAAAAUUAUAAAGAAACUAAUUAGCACCAUUUAUAACAUCAUUUCAAUAAUGUUCUAGGUGCUGCAUUUAUGCCCUUUUUUAAUCCCCUAAAAUUAGGAUUAUCUUAAAUUCACAAGGCCUUGAGCGAGGACUUAGCACACCAUGUAUGCACUUUGUCAAGAGGUACUACAAGUAUACAGAGUUAAAAUAGUUACAAUUUAGUAGACAUUAAAUUCACAAGAUAAAAAAUAUGUAAAACUUAAAACUACUUACAUCAAGUUCUAAAAAUCUUGUACACAUUUACAUGAUUAAAAUGAAGUAUACACCAUGUGCAGAGCCUACAUUGGGAGCUCGUAUAAAACGUGCUGGUAUCAGCGUUCGGAGCACAAUUAGGUACACAACUGAUAAGUAAUGGAGUGCAGCAACAACAACAAUCUACAUUUUUGUUAGCAAAACCUCCAUGUGGGAAAGGUAGGAAAAUACAUAUGUGGUAAAAAUAAAAGAUUAUUUUGUGAAUAUGACUAUUGCUGAGCUUAUAUCAACUUAUCUUUUGAAAACAUAUCAGCUUUAACGUUGGUAUUACAGUGUAGGUAAAGGUCAUCUUCAGAUUAUUCCAAGGCAAACCUUAGUUGAUUUCCUUGAAAGAGGGCUUUAUAACGCAAAAAAGUACAUUAUACAUCACAAGACGUUAUUGGAGUGUAUUUCAAACAAACAAUAUCACUUACAUUUCCUCCUUCCUUUGCCUUGCAGAAUUCUCAAAAUUUAAGAAAUAUCUUGAUAUCCUUGUUUUAUUUAAUAUGUCCUUAAAUUUGAACUGUGUCAGCAUGUGGACCUUUCAGACUUGCCAGUUUUUCUUCAACUUGAUAUUAGUUUCACUGCUUGAGAACUGUUACAUUUUUCUAGUGUCUUUAUAACCUUGGUCAGAAAAGAGAAAACUGAUGCAAUGUUGACCAAAUAGUUUUUAAUAUUUGGAUUAUUCAGCAGUAACUAGAAUUUCAAUUGAAGAAGCUAAAUCUUUGUUCAGAUCAUAGAUCAGCUUUGAAACCUUCAAACAUAUGCAUAGUAUGUACUCUGCAGCACUCAAUCACGUUCCCAAUAUAUAUAUAUAUAUAUA